AUGCUCACGCGCAACGCGCUGUCGCUCCUGCGCGCGCUGAUCCCGGCGUGGACGUCGAACGGAUGGGACGACGUCCUCGACGUGACGCUGACGCCGAUGACGGGCGGCGUGACCAACGCGCUGUGGCUCGCGUCGCCGCUGCAGGGGGAGGAGUACUACACGGAGAAGCUGCCCGGAUACAGGGAGCCGCACGCGACGCACGCGCCCGUGGUGCUGCGCGUCUUCGGCGACGCCACGGCGCGGUUCUUGGAGCCGUUCCCGCGGACGACGGAGCACGAAGCGCUCGAAGAGAUCACCGCCGCGGGGUUCGGCGCGAAGUGUUUGGGGACGUUCGUCAACGGCCGCGCGGAGGCGUACCUGCCGAACGUCCGACCGCUGACGCCGAGGGAGAUGGCGGACCCGAUCGUCGCCGCGGCGAUCGCGCGCGAGGUGGCGCGGUUCCAUCGCGUGAAGUGCGCGGCGCGCGGGUUCGACCCGGAGAGAGAGGAGGAGAAGGCGGGCGGCGGCGGCGGCGGCGGCGGCGCGGCGGGGACGUCGGAGAAGACUUCUUCUGGAUCCGCGUUGUUCGCGCGGAUCCGGUCCUGGCUCGAAAACGCGAUAUCGUGGAAGUUCGAGACAGAGGAGGCGGACGUGGAGAUCGCGCUCGCGAACGAUAAGGCGCGCGUCGCGAUGCGCCUGGAAGAGCUCAAGGUUGAAAUCGACGAGCUCGAGAGGGAGUGCGCCGCGGCGAAUUCGCGCGAGGCGCUGUGUCACUCGGAUCUACUCUGCGGCAACUUCCUCGUCCCGGAGUCGUGGAACGCGUCCGGCGCGGCCGUCAUAACGUCCCCGCCGCCGUCGAUGACGCUCAUCGACUUCGAGUACGUCCUCCCCGCGCCCAGGGGGUUCGACCUCGCGAACCACUUCUGCGAGCACGCCGGGUUCGAGUGCGAUUGGGCCGCGCUUCCGGACGCCGACUUUAAGCGUUCGUUUUGCGCGGCGUACUUGUACGGCGCAAAAGGCGAGGACCUCUCGGGCGGCGGGCACGACGCCGGGCCCGACGCGGUGGAGUCGCUCGUGAGGGAAGCGGACGCGUUCACGGCGGUGAGUCAUCUGCACUGGGGGUUGUGGGGCGUGAUGCAAGCGACGAGCUCGACGCGGAAUAAGGCGUUCGAUUACGUGGCGUACGCGAGGAAGCGGAUCGACGCGUUUCGCGCGUCGAGGGCGACGGCGCGGAGCAACGCGAAGGAGCUCAGAUUCGGCGACGGCGCGCGCGCGGGGGACUUUAAGGAUCGCACGGGCGAUUUCGUCGCGCUGCGGAAGGCGGCGAAGGCGAAGGCGGCGGCGGCGGCGGCGGCGGCGGCGAAGGAGGGAGGCGGCGAGUGAAAAAAAUCAAACGUUUUUUUUUU